AUGCCGGUAUCUCUGCUUCCUAUGGGAGUGUUAUGUGGUGUCUUCACGUUGCCGCAGCCCGCCAGGCAGCCCCAAACCAGGCCAUCUCCCCCAACAUCUCCUUUGCAGCUCGCUGACACACAGACUCCCGAGCCCACCGACACACAGCCUGAGCCCACUGCUGCGCAUUUUGAGUCUACCGUUACGCAGCCUGCUAACACGUCAGUGCAGUCUGCCGCUGCAUCUGUGCAGCUUGUAGACGUGUCUGCACAGCCUGAAGCUACGAUUGCUUCCACGCAACCGACCGUGCUGCUGCUACAGACUAUAGUUGUGCCCCAGCCUGCUAUGCGCUACAUGAUACAGCUUCGCCUUUCGUGUUCAUCUUCUCUGUUGUCACUGAUUCCACUGCAACACGUACAUACACACGCAGCGGCAUUCGGCAACGACAGUGGCAGUACUGCACCCGCCAAGCAAAAGCGUCAAGACACAGGCAUCAAGCACGGUUCCAACAUUCAGAUGUUGCAGAAGCAGCAGUUGUAG